CGUGUUGGGAGGGGGAGAGUGAGAGGCAGUGGAACAGAAGUUAUUCAUAACAGAGCAUUUUUAUUCAAGGUUUACUAAAGUACAGUUAACAGGAUAACCUUAAAGCACCUCUUUUGUUAAAAGUGUAAUGGCGUAUCUUAAAUGGAAAUUACGCAACAUAUAGACUUACCAACUAGCUUUCGACUUUAGGUUGUUUCUUUAAAUUAGCUUACUGCUGCGCAAGGACAGCAGUUCUUGAACUUUGUAUACUUCUGUAUUUCGUAAAGUUUUACUGUGCUGUUAAACGAUUCAAGAUUUGUAAAAGACGAUAUUCAAAACUAUGAAAGUGACUUCGGAAGACCUUACUGCCUGAGAUUCAUGUUCAUUGUGAGAAUAAUUAUUGCGAGGAUAACACUCAUCGAUAUUUUUCCAAAAGGAGGCUACGCAAGUUUUGGAAGUCAUCGCUUUGAUUUGGACAUCGCCGAAGUUUUAAAUGAAAACCAACUGGAAAUUGUUAUUACAUUCAAAUGCAAACAAAUCACUGAAGCAAAUACAAGAUUUUGCCUAAUUAGCAGCAAUGUCUGGCGUGGUGCGCACACUUAGCCGGUGUCUGCUCCCCGCCGAGGCGAGUCGUGAGCGAAGUAACAGCAAGGACAGAAGCCGGGAUCGAGAUGUGAACCAGGAGCGAGAGGCAAGGCGCCGAAGUAGAGAAAUCGAUGCAAUGCUCGCCCGUGAGAGACGCUCUAUCUGCCGCUUGGUUAAAAUACUACUACUUGGGGCGGGUGAAAGUGGCAAAUCAACAUUUUUAAAGCAAAUGAGGAUUAUACAUGGGCAAGAGUUUGACCAGAAAGCAUUAGUGGAUUUUCGAGAUACCAUCUUCGAGAACAUUAUAAAGGGCAUGCGGGUGCUGGUGGACGCUCGGGACAAGCUGGGCAUCACCUGGCAGAACUCGGAGAACGAGAAGCACGGCAUGUUCGUGAUGUCGUUCGAGAACAAGGCGGGCGUGCCCGUGGAGCCCUGCACCUUCCAGCUGUAUGUGCUCGCCCUGCGGGCGCUGUGGCAGGACGCCGGCAUCCAGGAGGCCUACGGCCGCAGGAGCGAGUUCCAGCUGGGUGAAUCGGUGAAGUAUUUCUUAGACAACCUGGACCGUAUUGGGCAAUUGAGCUACCUGCCGAGCAGACAGGACAUCCUGCUGGCCAGGAAGGCCACAAAGGGGAUUGUGGAGCAUGACUUCAUCAUCAAAAAAAUCCCCUUCAAGAUGGUGGACGUGGGUGGCCAGCGAUCCCAGCGGCAGAAGUGGUUCCAGUGCUUCGACGGCAUCACCUCCAUCCUCUUCAUGGUGUCGUCCAGCGAGUACGACCAGGUCCUGAUGGAGGACCGGCGCACCAACCGCCUGGUGGAGUCCAUGAACAUCUUCGAGACCAUCGUCAACAACAAGCUCUUCUCCAACGUCUCCAUCAUCCUCUUCCUCAACAAGAUGGACCUGCUGGUGCAGAAGGUGAAGCAGGUCAACAUCCACAAGCACUUCUCUGACUUCCAGGGCGACCCCCAUCGGCUGGAGGACGUGCAGGCCUACCUGGUGCAGUGCUUCAACCGCAAGAGGAGGAACCGCAGCAAGCCCCUCUUCCACCACUUCACCACCGCCAUCGACACUGAGAACAUCCGCUUCGUUUUCCACGCCGUCAAGGACACCAUCCUACAGGAGAACCUCAAAGACAUCAUGCUGCAGUGAGCUCUCGGUUGGGGCUCCUCUGCCCGUAGAUGUGCCUUAUGAACUAUUUCUACGACAGAGGGAAGGCAUGUAGGCCAUAAGCCACACAAGUCCUGGAGAGCUGCAGCAUCAUGUUGGAGAGUGACCAGUCUCUGUGCCACGCCUUUGUAACACAGACUGAUCCUCUUGUGUUCAUUAUCUUCAGUGAUUGGUCUGAGCUUGUAAUGUCCAUUGCAUUCAUAACAGAUAGUCAUAUGCUUGCUUAUGUGAUGGGAGCACACAAGUACUCACACAUUUUGUAAGUUUGUGAAAGUGUACUGUCUAAAGUUGGAGUAAUCUGUUUAUCAUUGGAGCCUGCAGCAGUCAUUGACAUCGUGCAUACAUUUGCCUCACAAGAUCUGUGGGAUAGGCCUUGAGCAGUUGCUGGAAGUUAAGCUCAGGCCAUUUGGGGAAUAGUUAACAUUUCAGUUGUUCUGAUUUAAAUUUGAAUAGAAGGGAAUGCUCAUCAUCUGGAAUCAGCAAGGGUGUUUUCCUUUUGUACCACUGGCUUAAAAACGGUCUGCGAAAGCUGGUGGGAAAUUUACUGUGUCUUGUCUUAGAGGGCAAGUGCAUUUUACAUAUUCCUGCCAAUUAACUGCUGACCUGAUGAAUCCGACCAACAUUCACACAGCGACCUUUGAUACACGGUUUGAAUAACAAUGUUAUGCACUGUGGGCCUUUAUGAAACUUUGCUUAUACACAUUAAAUAGAAUAUAAAGUAGGACUGUGAAUAUUGGUAGAUAUUCACAGAUAUAUGUUUGGUCCCAAACAUCAGUGCAUUUACAGCAUUACACUGACCGCUAUGCACAGAAUGAACAGGCAACUGAACAAACCUCCAAUGCACUGAAUGGACCAGUAACUUCAGUGUGAUCAUUUGUGCAUGUGAUGGACAUGGCAUAAAGGUUAUGUCACAGUUACGUGAUUCUGUUCAUCCAUUGCUGUUCACUUGGUUUGUGAAAAUGUUAUUUUUUUCCUUGUUUUAGAUUCUCGUUGCUGUCAUAAAAUGCAAAAGAUCAUAUAUCUAAAUUACAAGACACAGUGAAUCCAAGAGAGAAAUCCAUGGGAUGUUUUUUGUUUCAACGUGGGUGGUUGGCUGAAUGACUCAUUGUGUGAGGGUCUAGUAGUACUGAAUGUGUGUUAUUUGAUCUAGUAGGUAUCUGAUUGGCAGAUGGGAAGGAUACAGCUUGCUGCUGCAGCUGGUAAAAUCUACAGUUUGUAUUCAGAGGAUGUCAGACGCAGUUGCUUCAUGUACUCUAAAUAGGCACCUUGGUUUGUUUGGCAUUUUUCCUACAGAAUGAAUGGCGAUCAUUGACUAUUGAAUUUGUGCUAACUUGCUGUAUAGAAUGCCAUUUUAAGGAAUGGCACAAAAUGUCACAUCACAUUGUACUGACCAUUCCUCAGUUAUAUUUUCCCCAAGUUAUUUUCCAAAAAUGCAUCUUGCUUUUAAGAGUUCAUUUUAAUGUCAGUAGGAGAUACCUGCUGGCUUUUGCUUGCUGAAUCAGAAUUAAAAUGCAUGGUUCCAAACAUAAUCUUCUUCCAUGCAUAUAUGAAAACUAUUGAAAUGGCUUAAUGGUAUUAAAGGUGACAAUAAUUAUUUAAGCAUAUGAUUCGAUUAAACAAGGGUGUAUUGUAAAUACAAUGUACAAUGUAUAUUCUAAUGGGGUCUUCCAUUUUGAAUAUUGGCCUUUCUGAGCUGAGUUCUUUGUACUAUUAUUGUUAUGUUACUAAUCAGUCACUCAUUGUAGUUGAUAUCAUGCAUGCUGUUCUGUAACAAGGAAACAAGUCACAGGGUUCUUUGAAACUUUUUCAAGUUUAUUUUUUACAAGGGUUGUUGAUACUAAUUAGUUUUUUCUGUGAAUAUUGUGAUGUGGGAAUUUGUCUGUAUUUUUACUCUGGGCUAAAUGACUAACGUUAUACAAUCACCACAAAUAUUGUUGAACUUUAAAACCUGAACCACUGCCAUAGCUUACAGGCACAGUUUUGUUUCGAAAGAUUAUUGGAUUCCUCGGAUUGCAACUACCUGCGAUGUUGUUUCAUCAAAAUAAGAAUGAGAAAAGAAUAGAAGAUGCCAGUGUUAUAAUUGUCCAUGUCACUUGACUGUUAUAAAUACUAUAACCUGACCAAUAUUCCACAUCUUAGCUGAGUCGUCAGAUGUUUUGUUGUGAACCAUCUCUCUUCAUGUGAUGUUCAUACCCAGUUACAUCCGCUCUCAUGUUCCAGGUUAAUCUUUCCAGUAGACUGCAGGGCGUGAUACAGGCUUGCUCAAAUCACUGCCCUGCUUCCUCCAAAACUACCACAUUUUUUUGUAAAAUAUUCAAUGAUCAACUGUAUUGCAGUUGUUUUGUAUAUAAGAAUUGUAUAAAUACAUUAAAUGUACUUUAUGUUGAGUAAAA